AUGGCGCGCGCGACGUCCGCGCGGCACGUCGCCGCGGGCGCUUCCGCCAACCCGCGAAUCGCGACGCGACGGCAUCGCGCGACCCGUCGUGGUCCCGUCCUCGCGCGCGCGUCCGCGUCGUCCGCGGCGCCCAUAACCGCGGCGUUCGACGCCACCGAUCGCCUGGCGUUCGCGCCCGACGCGACCGUCCCGCGCGUCGUCGCGCCCCGCGGCGCGCCCCCCGUCGUGAUCCUCCCAGGCUUCGGGAACGACUCGAACGACUACCUCGCGCCGUUCGGCGACGCGUCCUCGUCCGCGUGCAUCGCGACGUCGCUCCGGAGCCGCGGAUGGGACGUCCACGUCGUCGACCUCGAGAGGAGGGACUGGGCGAACAUCCUUCGCGCGGUCGGAUCGGUCGGGUUCUACACCGGCGAGAGCACGACUGACCCGGGGUACACGUGGUACCUGGAAAAGGUCGACGCCGCCGUGCGCGCCGCGCUCGCGGCGAACCCGGGCGCGGAGACCGUGGACUUCGUCGCGCACAGCGCGGGGGGUUGGCUCGCGCGCGCGUACGUCGGCGGCGCGUUGAACGAAGUCGACUGGUCGAAGCGGCGUCGGCGGCGGACGAGAGGGAAGAAAAACGGAGGCGGCGGCGGCGGCGGCGGCGUCGGCGGGUUCCUCGCCGGGCUGCUCCCGAAGCGCGACGAGAUGCCGCGGUACGCGAGAGGGCGCGAAGAGGAAGCGAGAGCGAACGGCGAGCCGUCGCCGUCGCCGUCGCCGCCGCCGGAGGAGGAAGACGACGCCGACGCCGACGCCGACGCCGACGAGACGCGCGUCGUCAUCGAACGCGUGCCCGUGCCGCACCCGCGCGUGCGUCGCGUCGUCACCCUCGGGUCCCCGCACCGCGCGCCGCCGCCCGGCGCGAGCGACGCGACGCGAGGCGCGAUCGGGUGGGUCGACGCGCGGUGGCCGGGCGCGCGCUUCGCGCCCGCGAUUCAGUACACGUGCGUGACCGGGCGGACGGUGCGAGGCCGCGCGGGCGAAGCCGCGAAGAAGACGCUCCCGGGAUACAGCUGUAACUCGUACGCGCAAGUCUGCGGCGAAGGCGACGGCGUCGAGGGCGACGCGGUCGUUCCGAACGCCUACGCAACGUUGCCCGGGGCGAGAAACAUCACGAUAGACGGCGUGUUUCACUCCAUGAGCAAGGUGGGGACGUACGACGAGAGCGCCGCGGAGUCGUGGUACGGAAGCGACGACGUCGUCGACGUCUGGCUCGACGCUCUCGUAGUAGACUAA